CCUGUGUUUUGUUCUUUAUUUUAUUUACACGCUUUGGUUAAUCUUAAGAUCUUAGUAUUCGCACCGUUUAAUUGAUUGUAUAAAGCUUUGGGUUUUUCAUCUUUGGAGAUUUGGAAUUGAAAUGUAGGGAAAAAGUUAGCUCUUGCUUUUUUUUAAGAAAGUUUCUUUUAAAUUUUGAUCGGGAAACAAGUUAGAAAUACGAAAGAAUCGAUAGACAAUUUUUUUUCGGUCGAAGAUAGUGAUUUGGGCUUUCAUUUUUCUAUUGGAGGCAUUUGAAGUAGACCAAUUUAUUCACACAACCCUAUUUUAUGAUUUGCGCCUUUGAUUAUCAUAAUUCUGCACAAAUAGGAGAUUAGAAACCCAAUGUUAAUAGCUUUCAAAACUUCCUAUUUAAUUUAGGUUCAAGGGAAAUUUGUUCUUCCAAAUUGGUUUACUUUACAGUUUGUCCAUGGACUUGCUUCUAGAGUGAAAGAAAAAAAAGGAUCUUCUUUGGGCGGCCAUCCGCCAUCGACGACGGAGGGGUCCGUCGGCGGUGCCUGCUUGGAAGCUUUGAGUUGAAAAAAGUUCAUAAUUUAAUUUGUUUUCCAAAGUUUCUAUGGUUUUCCUCGAACUUUAACCUACCAAAGUUAGAAUAGAGUAGGACGAUGAUGUGCGUUAAAAAUAGUAACUUUUUUUUUUCACCGUUACCAAUGAGCUUUGGGGACAAAAGGGUAAUUAACUUUGCGGAUUAGGUUUAACUGGGGUGUUAUUGCAAUUAAUUUGAUACGGAAACCCCAUGUCAGUCAACUAGUUUUUGCCUUAUUGAAGUCGAGUCGGCGGAAAGUUGCCGCUAACUAAUGCCAAAUUUAGGGAACAGUUACUGUUUCCUAAAAAAAUAUUUCUUUUUGUAUUUUUAUGCUAUUUUCAAUGUAUUAAAUAUCAUCAUAUGGUAAAUCGAUACACAUAAAAGAAACCCCUUGUGUAAUGUGGGUGCUGUCAUUGGGUGCAAAAACUUUGGGCCCUUUUGGUUAGAAAUUGAGAAUCAAAACUUUGCAGUGGGACUUCAUCUAUUUUGUCCUUAUUUUGGUCCUUCAUAUGUCUUCUGUGUAUAAAGUUGCUUGUUAAUCUCUUAUAGCAGUGCGCCAUAUAUAAUUCUUUAUGGUCAUUGUUCUGUUUUGAAGAUCAAUAGUGUUGCAGUCAGAGCAGAUCCAUGGCCUUUGAGCAAUAUUAUGCUCAGGAAUGGAAGACGAUCCCCAGUGAUUCAACAUCCGAGAACUUCAAUGGUAGCUUCGACUGCAAUAUCUGUUUGGACUUUGCGCAUGAACCGAUCGUCACUCUCUGCGGGCACCUCUACUGCUGGCCCUGCAUCUAUAAGUGGCUGCACGUCCAGAGUGCCUCACUUGCCCCAGAUGAGCACCCACAGUGCCCAGUUUGCAAAGCUGAUAUAUCCCACACCACCAUGGUUCCCCUUUACGGUCGAGGCCAAUCCGAAUCUGAGCUCCAAGGCAAGCAGACACUUUAUAGAGGCAUGGUGAUUCCCCCUAGACCUCCAGCUUGUGGCAACAAAGCUCUUUUAUCAACUACAUCCCCCAGCAGUCAGCAACUUCCUUAUCGAAAUCCUUACCAGAACGAAAGCUACAACCGCCAUGCUCACAACGAAGAGGGUUCAUCGGUACCGCCAUUGCUUAACCUGGGAGGCACCGCGGUGACCGGAUUCCAUCAUCCGGUAGUGGGGAUGUUUGGGGAAAUGGUAUAUGCAAGGGUAUUCGGGAAUUCAGAAAGCUUAUACACUUACCCAAACUCGUAUUACCUGACGGGAAGUAGUAGCCCCAGGUUGAGAAGGCAUGAGAUGCAGGCUGACAGGUCACUGAAUAGAAUCUCCAUUUUCCUAUUUUGUUGUUUCCUUUUGUGCCUUAUCGUAUUUUGAGUUUUUCUUUGUAUUCUUGUAAAAAAAAACCAUAACCAGGAUGUAAAACCUAUGCUAUAUAGCCUUGUAGGUAGGUGAGAAUGAGACAUCAUAUAUACACAUAUUAGAUUUUAUCUGAAA